AUGAACGCUGAGCGGGGACCCAUGUGCUGCCCACCUACCAUGGAACCUAACUUUGAAAACCUCAUCACAAAGACCCUUCACCUGCCGACCGAACUCGAUCCACUUGUUCAUAAAACGGCGUCUGAAAGGGAUCAGACACGUAUCGUUCAGAAGGGAAAUAUAAUUGUAAAAAAUUUAAAAGCUAGCUGGGUGCAUGGUCUUGUACUCCAACAAUCAAAACGAAGACCCACCAAAAACAACUAUAAAGUCCGACCUUGUGACGAGUGA